AUGCCGCCCAAAGCCGCGAAGGGCGAAUACAUCGAAACCGACACCGGCAACAAAAUCUCGCGCCGUAGCCUCAUCCACGGGACUCAACACAUCAUCCUCGGCGGCAAAACAGUCAUCCAAGCCGAUGCCGUUAUUCGCGGCGACCUGUUCCGCGUGCAACCACCAUCUUCUUCCAGCCACUCCCACAGCAACGACGGCGAGAAUCCAUCCUCAUCAUCUACAUCAACAAACACACCCCCCUCCGUCGCAAUCACCGUAGGCCGAUACACCUACAUCUCCCGCGCCGCCAUCCUGCGGCCGCCCAGCCGUCUGCACCGCGGUCUGCAUUCGUACUACCCGCUCAAAAUCGGCGACCACGUCUUCAUCGGGGAACACUCCAUCGUCGAAGCCGCGCAGAUCGGGAAUCAUGUACACAUCGGCAACGACGUCGUGGUCGGGAAUAUGGCUAUUCUGAAAGAUUUUGCGUAUGUGUUGGACGGUACAGUUGUGCCGCCUAACAUGGUUGUGCCGAGUUUUUGUGUGGUGGGCGGUCGGCCGGCGAGAAUUGUGGGUGAGGUUGGGGAGGGAUAUGGGGUUGAGGGCGCGGAGGGCGGGUUGGCGAGGGAGAGGUAUAGACUUGUUGGGCGAUGA